AUGACGUCGCGAGGAGAGCAUCUUCGACUCGAGAAGGGGUCGGUAGUGAAGAACCACUACGAGGUCAUCACCCCCAUCGGUACCGGUAACUUUUCAAGAGUGUACCGUGUCAUUGACCUGCAAUUGCCCGUCAAAGAGCAGCAGCGCAAACCGCUGGCGAUGAAGGUGAUUAAGAAGGAGUACAGCAGCGACGCCAAGUACGAGAAGCAGAUGCUGAUCGUGCUGCACGAACAUGACGGGGGCCGCAACGCGCGUGUGUCAAAGAUGUACGAGUGUUUUGUCUGGCAGGAGUGCCCUGUGUUCAUUAUGCCGAUGCACGGCCCGAGUCUGCGCAGCCGACGCCUUGGGGUCAACCGCGGCAUCGUCACGCACGAGAAGCUGCUCGAGUUCAGCUACGAGUUGCUGGAGACGAUGGGAUUUGUGCACUUUGAGUGCCACAUGGUGCACACCGAUCUCAAGCCGGAGAACAUCCUUAUUGCUGACAGGAACGUUGCCGAGAACUCAAUGGGUAACGAGUGGGUCGUCUGCGACUUUGGAAGUGCAUCGCUCUGGCGUAUGGACAAGCUGGACUCGGACCUCAUUUCCACGCGUCCGUACCGCGCACCGGAAGUGGUGCUUGGCAACAAGUGGCACUACGCUGCCGACAUGUGGAGUGUGGGCUGCAUCCUCUACGAGGUUGCCGUUGGGCAUCGCCUCUUCGAAACCCGCGAUGACCUGACGCACCUGCACAUGAUGGACCGCCGCCUUGGGCGACUGCCGGAGGCCUUCGUGAAACACUCCAAGUACUCGAGCAGGUACUUCAACAGCCACGGCGAUUUCGUGUCCACUCCGGACGUUAUUCGCUUUUCUAAGUGCCGACUGACCCCAAUACGUGAAGUGUUCAGGUAUGACCGUGAAUUUCUUCACCUACUCAAGGGGCUCCUCACGUACAUCCCAGAUGAGCGCAUGACAUCAGCUGAGGCGCUGGCUUUGCCCAUGUUCGACGCGCUCCGCGCCGCUCGAAAGGAGCGACAGCGGCUGGCAGAUGCGACUGCAGAGGCGCAGCAACAACAACGCCGCCGCUUCGCUGGAGCUGCCAUCCUUGGAAACGGCGUGAGCCCACGACCUACAGACAGCAGCGACAACAGCGCGCUCGACCACGCCGUAGAAGGAGCGAGAAAGAACGACCGCAGCAGCAGUGUGCAUCACGGCAGAGGCGCUGCAAAAGUGCAGAGCCUCAGUGCACGGUCGUCUUCCACUAUAAGGGACAUCAGCUCCACCGAUGAUAUGACCGCAGUGGCGGAUGGUGCCAAGAACAACCACUCCUCGCACAGGCAACACCACCAUAAUCACAAGCGUGGUGAAACGAACAGCAGCAACGUGGCGGGAAGCCGCUCAGAGACACACCCAUGCAUGACGUCUGUCCCUGCUCAAGAAAUGUCAGCAGUAUCGCCGACCGUCAGCACCACGUCACCGUUUAGCGUCCUGGCAGCUGGUGGUACUUCCAGGGAGGCCACCGCCCGGAUGACUACAGUCGCCACCGCAGUUGCUCCGGUGACAGCCGGGAGUAUAAGCAGAUCCGCUACGUCUAGUGUCAUGGCGCCGUACGCGACAUCGCCGGGCAAGAAGCGGUCUUCCAAGGCAAGAGAAAUUCGCAGGCGUGCGACCAGCACGCCAGUGGUGCGAAGUGGCGGUAAUCAGCACUCGAGGAGCCCUUCACCGGGAGCGGGCGUGCUGACUGAGGAGGUGCCGUCUCCACAUCCGGUAGUGAACAACCACCAGUCCACCUCCACAGGGAGAGCGGCACUCGUGCCGCAGCUCGCUCUCGAACACGUCAAGGCGUCUGCCCUAGCGUCCGACGGUGCCGCAACACCACUGUCGUCGCAGAGUGGGCGGCGCCGCAGCGGGCGGUCCGCUCGGAAGCUCUCGGGUCGCAUCAUGUCCCCGGCCACCAAGAGCAGCAUGAUGACGCCACAUAAGGGUCUCAGUUCCGGCUCACAGCACGGCUGUGGUAGAAGUGCGGCUGGUGGCGGCAGCACCAAGCUGGACGUGACGAGUCCGCUGAAGAGCCCCCGCCAGCAUCUGCAGCUCGACCUCAGUGCUGAUAAGAGGCGAAAUCCUACACCGCCCCACUCGUCCUCCACGCCGUGCUGCCUGCUGGAGACUCUCUCUCCGACCAUCACGCGAUCGCCGAGGAUGACGAAGGCGUCAUUGGCGGCUGGGCCGGCACAGGGUCUCAUCAUAUCCAUGCCAGACGCCAAUACCACGCCACCGCAGACGGUGUUUCGUGCCGGCGCACCGCCGAACAGCUCAACGCAUCGACACUCUCUUCGCAAGCCUGCCACAAUGCUCGGUUCCAUAUCAGACCACAGUAUCACCAAGGAAAAUGAGGCGGGUGUUACGACCACCUUGCGACUCGGGCCGUCUGUGGCGGCGUCGACGGAAGUUACUCAGUCGGCAGCUGCGACAGAGUUGGCGACUCUGCACCGGCUGUCGGAGUCUCCCAACACGCCUCUGGGUUAUCGGGCGCCCCUCCAGCGCGACAUCACAGCGGUGGGCAUGUGCAUGCGAACGGAGUCGCUUGCUGUGCUGGGUAGCCCCAAUGUGGAUGACAAGCGUCAUGAUGUCGACCACAUAAGGGAAGGCCGAAGCGAGGCGGCAACUGGUGAUGGCGAUGGCGGCUGCAAGCGGGUGGGAUCGCAGACGGUGACUUGUCUGGCCGCUACAAAGAAUGAUGAUGUCGACAAUGUUAGUGCUGACAACAGCGACAAGGACAACCCCUCAGUUGUGUUGCCAACCAAGCUGUUCGUGAGCACCGCUUCGUCACCGAUAAACAACCGCCUCAGCAGCGCGUACAACUCAGAUGAUAGUCCCCACACCACUGACUACCGCAGCCCCGUGCGUUGCCGCCCGCCCAUGGAGGGCACCUCUAACGCGUCAUCGCCUGUCAUGAUAAACACACUAAACGCACGCUUCAGCACUCCAAGCAGCGAGUGGCGAGAUGUAGAGGCGGCAAAGAUGGAGGCCAUCGCUGCUGCGAUGGUGAAGGAAGGUCCGCAACCCUUCGCCACUGCUUUGGGACCGCCUCUACCGCAGUCCCAGCGCAACCUCUUUUCAGCGCAGCGAAGCCAUAGACACCGAAGUCCGCGCGAGUGUUCGCCUGCUGCCCGGUCGUCAUCGUUUCUCGCGGGCCGACGAUCCCCCACAAGAGGUUCUAUCACGCCCUUGCGUACCGUACCAGAAGUGACAUCAAACGAGGAUCCCCAUGAGCUGGCCAGUACCGUCCCCCUUUCGCACGACUCAGCUGCCCGCGCGAACAGCAGCAGCUUGCUUGGUGGCAUGCUCAACUCCGCGUCAGUGUCCAAGGCGGAUUUGCAGUCUCACAUGAUGCCUCCAUCAGCGGGCACCACACCUGCUGCCGGCAGGUCAGCGCGGCGGUUAUCGAUGGCAAUGUCAUCAACGUCCGCGACAACAACGUCGAAGCUGAUCACGCCAACGCACGUGGGCCAGACGCCUUCUGUACCAAGCCAGUUCACUGUCGUGAUGACGUCGGCGGACAAGCUCAAGUCAGUGUCGCCGUUCAGCGUCUCCGAGAUGCGCAGGGCUAUGUCACCACCCCUGACGGCAUCGCAACGUGCCGUGAUCAAGCCAGGGCGGACGCCAGCGGCACCAGUGCCCGCCCCGGUGUCUGCGUGCCCAUCUGUUGAAGAACUGAUCCCCAUGACCCUCAGGGCCUCCGCGACGACUUCCCACCCGGCUGUUACCGCCCCUCGUUCGCACGAGUGCUCACUAUCGCUGAAGGAUGGGCGACUCGUAAAUGCCAACAGUACCGUGAAUACACAGCUGCUGACAACGGCGUCCACUUCACCAGCGGCGACAAUCGGUGUUGCGGCGGUUCCCCAUCAGCCGCUGCAUCGACCCUACCAGCCGGCCCACGGCCUUGUGUACCCCUCCGACAGCAGCAGCCAUGUCCUAUCGGAGGCGAAAAUGGAGGAGGCGGGUAGCGCAGCUGCAUCGCAGUCGCUGGGUCUGCACAUGGCACGAGGGUCGCUGGUGCUGCAGGACCGUGCUUCUCCUCCCAAUAUGUCGUCGCAACUGCCGGUCAUUGGCUCUGCCACCGCCGCCACAGCGCCACCUUCUUUCGUGCUGUCUAGAACUACUCACGGGGCAGACGAGCGGUGCGAGGCUUUGUCUCACAACAGCAGCAACGCCAGCGCAAAGUUGCUGAACACGCAGCACACCCGCACAUCACCUGAUCCCUCGCUUCGGUGUCAGCGCUCGUCUUUGUGCAUCAACAUCGCUCCCGAUGUGACUGCGGGCACGAAGUCUCUCCGAUCGGCCACCGCUGUUCUCACCAACGCUAGCACUAGCAGUCGUCUGAACAGCAGCUUCAAGAGUGGCGGCACUAGCAAGUCAGGUCUCGCUACAUUGUCUUACCCGGCGGCCCUCUCUGGCUCGGCCGGCAGCGCGUCCUUUCAGUCGGUGUCGCGGUCGCCUCGCAACCCAGUCGCACAUGGGACGACAGGCAUCAACUCACUGCGGUCGUCGACUGAUGGCGUGAGCGUAACGUCAGCGCGCAGCCCACGGAACGGUGUCUCACUGGCUGCUUCACCGAAGCCUUCAGCGACGUAUCGGCGCCCCGGCUCUCCCCGUGGCAUCUCGCCCGUGCUGAUAACUACUGACUUGCUCACUAACGCAAUCGGCGGGAACGUAAUGUCGACGCCGAUGCAAUUACUUCAACAGCCACCUUCGCAGACGAAGGUGCUGCAACGGUCAUCGGCAGCGGUGGCGAGCACUGGCGCGGGCUUGGGUAAGACGUCCAUCUCUAUCGUACCGCGCUAUACGCAGUCCGGAGUGGCGCUAUUACGCAGUCCAAUGCACCAGCAGUCCAUCGGUGCGUCGGUCGCAGCUACCUCCCGCCCGCAGGCGCAAGGCUUGGCCGCGGGGCCGGUGAAUCCCAUGGUGGUCGCAGAUUCUGUUGCUUCACUGAAACAGCCGUAUAAGGCGAGCUUCGUUGCUAUAAAAUCGGUCAACUCGCGCGGCAGCACUACAGACGGAUCCGUGAAUACGAUCAGCGUGGAUGCCUUGUCUGAGUUGACAAGGUCAAAGCCAAAGCACCGCCGAGACCCUCGCACACUUCGACGCAUCAGUGCUCCUCGACCCUCGACGUUCUCCCUCUCCCAGGCCAACGGCGCAGUGUCGUCGUUGCCGACGACCGGGGGCAGCGACAGAGGUGACGAGGACGGCGACGGGCAGACUCGCGGCGCCUUUGCCAACUCCGUUCUUCCAAAGCCGCACAACAGGGACACGCCAAGGUGCUCUUCUGCGACUGAGGUUUCGCCACCCAAGAUGUAG